AUGGGUGUGCUGGGCUGGAAAUGGCACAGCCACAUCCCACACGAACUGACUUGCUGCUUUUUCAUCAACACCAGCCCCUCUGGGAUCACCUGCAGCUGCCAUAGUUGUGUUUCUCUUUCUCUCUCCUUUUUUCUAGCUGGUUUCCAGAAUGGAGGAGCCACUGUCAAUGGAGAUGUCUUUCAGGAGUCCAACGGCCCCACGGAUGCCUACGCAGCCAUAGCCAAAGCUGACCGGCUGACGCAGGAACCUGAGAGCAUCCGCAAAUGGAGGGAGGAGCAGAAGAAGCGCCUGGAGGAGCUGGGUGAGACCCAAGGUUGUGAAUGGCGUGAGAAGGCCAAGAAGGACCUGGAGGAGUGGAACCUGCGUCAGAAUGAGCAGGUGGAGAAGAACCGGGCAAACAACAGGAUCGCUGACAAAGCCUUUUACCAGCAGCCGGACGCCGAUGUCAUUGGCUAUGUGGCCUCAGAGGAAGCAUUCCUGAAGGAGUCCAAGGAGGAAACUCCAGGCUCUGAGUGGGAGAAGGUGGCCCAGCUCUGUGAUUUCAAUCCCAAGAGCAGCAAGCAGAGCAAGGAUGUCUCGCGGAUGCGCUCGGUGCUCAUCUCUCUCAAACAGACACCCCUGUCCCGCUAG